AUUUUAUGAUACCACAUGCGCUUGUUCGUCGCUUUCUCUCUCUCUCUCCUGCCUUAAUAUAAUCUUUCUUCGUUGAUGAAUGUGACUUUUUUGUAAUAAUUUUCUUGAAGGCUUUAUUGAAUUAAACCUGUCGAUUUUAUAUUUUCUUUGUGUGUGUGAAGACUUAAAUUGUUACUGGUGGUUCAAACAGCUUUGGAGAUCUAGAGUUUUGUUUAUUCAUGAAUUUGCCAAUUUUUGUUAGCCAUGGAUAAACCCUACCUUAUUUUUUAAUACAGUAAUUUUUUCCUCUUGCGUCUAAUAGUAUCUUUUUGACAUGUAGCAAGUUAGUUGCUAUCUGUCACUCUGUUCAUGUCCCCUUUUGAUUUUUGUCUUGAAUCGAGUGGAGUCUCGAUAGAAAGAUAUAUGCUAGUACAAUUUGUAUUAGUAAAAGGUUAGAAUCCUGAGUUGGUUUAAAUUGCUAAUCAUCUAUCAACCCUUGCAUGUUUUGUUCCAUCUGUUGUUUUAGCUGUUUAAAUGGUUUAUUGGGACUGGAAGUUUAGGGAUUGCUUGUUAGCAUUGUUUUAUUUGCUAAUUAUUUAUAUAAAUCGUUAGUUUUAUUUUUUUCAGGGACAUGAGUGUGAGUACCGACACAGUGACUUCGCUAGGCUAAAUCCAAGGGACUGUUGGUUCUGGUUAAAUAGUAACUGCUUGAACCCAAGCUGUGGAUUUCGACAUCCGCCACUUGGUUUACUUGGAACACAACUACCAACACCCUCAGGGUCUGCUCAACCUCUACCACAGACAGCCGCUAUGACUCCGGUGCAGGUCAUGGAUGCAAAUAGCAUACAAGGGGUGCCCUGUAAAUUUUUCCAAAGUGGGUUAUGUCUGAAAGGUGACUGGUGUUCUUUUACUCACACACCGAAUUCCAUGAGAUAUAAAGCAUCAGUGGUGCCUGUAAGAGCAGUUGCGACUGAACCUUCAAAUCUCAAUAAGGUUGACAUCUCAGUGCUGGGAAAGAAGAUUCCUCCACCAACAAAUAAGAGCAAACCUAUCAUGUGUCCUCUAGAUCAACAACUCGCAGCAGGCGGAGUGAAACCUGACGUCCAUAGUAAUGAACUUCCUAAAAACAAAAGGAUGAUCGAAACAUCGUGCAUCAAUGAGCUUCCUGACUAUAAUAGCCGUCCUGUUUCUAAUGAAAACAUGGUCCGUGUUAAACAGCCUUAUCAAAUGGAUGACCCUGUGAUGAUCGAUGACAAGAAUGUAGGAGAUGACUCAAGGGAACCCUCACCUGGUUUUGAUGUUCUUGUUGAUGACGAGGGGAGAGAUUCUGAUUUUUUUCUAAGUGAAGACCAAUAUGGGAUGUCAAGGGAAUAUGAGGCACAGAACAAUAAUGAUAACAAUAAUUUGACUGAAGAAGAUAUAUUUGCUGAAGCUGAUAAUGAUAGGUACAGGUAUAUACAUGGCUAUGAGCCACAAGGGUACCCCAGGGGUCAAUAUGGUUUGGAGCAGAACAGAGCUUCAUCUGAGAGGAUGUCAGCAGGUCACAAUGGGAGGCCUUAUGCUAGGGGUGAAUUAGAUCUACGAGAUUGUUUGACAAGGAAGAAGCAGCAUCAUGGUUUGAGGUCUGUAAUUUGUCAUGAGCAGGUUCGUGACAAGCUUGCUAAUGAUCAUAGCCAUGAAAGAUAUGCUCCCCGGCAUGAGGAUGCUCUUAGCAAUCGCCUUCAAGGAAGAAUAAGGCUUCCACGAAGAUCAUCAUAUCCAGCUGAUAGGGAAAUGAUUAGGCGAGCUGACAAUGGUAGACUGUCUUCUGCCAACGGAUGGAAGAAUCAUAAAGGCCCGCACUUUAAAAGGGUUAAGAAUCAUAAAGAAUCGCAUUACACUACGGAUCAACAGCAACCAGUUAAGAGAAAAUAUGACACCAUUGAAAGAAAUGGGAGCAGUGUUUCUUUUGAAGGGCCAAAGCCUCUAGAGGAGAUUCUGAAACGGAAGAAAGGCGAAGGAACUGUCAACAUUAGGAAUUCUUCGGAGGGCGAAAAUGGUAGUAGGAUUGGUGAGAGUUCAGUGUAUGAACAGAGGGACUAGGUGGUGGGGUGGAUUUUGAUACGUAUGAGGGUGAUAAUGGUGAAGAAGAGGAAUAUCUUGAUGGCAAUGGCGACGAGUUUGCAUAGAAGCUGGGUGUUAUGUAGACCUGAAAGGAAAAAUGAGAAAGAUUGAUUCAAUUCGUCUUUUUGAUAAUAUUUGGAUAUUUGUUUUGGGGUAACAAGUAGAGAAAGAUGGUUGGUCCCCUUUGGUCAGUGGGAGUUAUUUUUUUGUUGCUUUGCAACUCCUCCUGACGAUAUAUUUUUUGUGCUACGCCAUGCCAUGAUCAGCAAUCCAAAAAAAACACACGUUACAGA